AUGGCGUUCAAUUUAGAGCACCCUAUUUUCUUCGGGCGAGAAAAGGAAAUAAAGCUUAUAACAGAUUCUUGGACACAGCAUCGGAUAUUUGGUAUCUAUGGCCCUCCCGGGAUUGGUAAGGCAAGCUUAACGAGGGAGAUUUUGAGACAGGUGUCUGCGAAGGCGUAUAAUGGUGACCUAUGCACUACAUUCUUGUCGAUGCAAAGAGUAAACAGUGCAAAAGACUUCUUUAAGUACGUUGCUCUCGAAUUAUUAGAAGACAAAGUGCCUUUGCUUACCGGCGAUUCCACCCCUGAGCUGCUGCAGCAACAAAUCAUUGAGCAUUUAAAAAAUAUUGCUCCCUGUGUGUUGAUUUUUGAAAAAUGCGAACACAUCGCCGUGUCAGAGGCAACCACGAGAAACGUCAGUCAUGACCUGCAGAAUGUGCUGCUCACGUUUGUUUUUGACGUCAUAACCCAGUGCCCUGAUGUGAGGGUCUUCAUCGUUUCCCGCACCAAGUUUCAGUUCGCAAGACUGAAUAGAGUAUAUUUUGAGCAGAGUUUAAUGCCACUUUGUAUUUCAGACGCAAAAGCGUUAUUACUCGACACUUUUUCUCACUCCCAUACAGAAAAUGAAGGUCCAUUUAUAGAUGAAAAUACUUUGACCAAGCUUGCAGAACAAUAUGCAAGAUUGCCUCUUGCUUUAAUCAUUGUAGGGAGCAUUUUACGCGAAGGUAAUCUGAGCCCAAGUGAAAUGUUGGACCUCAUGAAGGAAGAACGACUGAAAGCUCUCAGUGACGAGAGUUUUUCUGACUCUGAGAGAAUAGAUAAAGUGAUAAGAAAUCACCUUGCCCGACUGACCGAAGUUUUUAGACAGCACUUGGCGGCCAUAGGUUAUAUUCCUGGCCAUUUCAGCAAAGAGGCUGUUGCUGCAGUUUUGGGAAUCAAGCAAGAAACUGGUGGCGUUAAAGUUGUGAAAGAACUAUCAAGAGUGUCCAUUAUACAUGAAGAAUCAGCAGGGUUAACCUUAGUACAGAGACAAAAGAUUAGAUACGACAUCCACUCGUUGAUGAGAGAAUAUGUGGAAAAGCAUGUACGGAUAAGGGAAUUACCAGAGGUUAGGCUCCGUUACAGUAAGUUUUUCGCAGAUAUUCUUCAGUGUGUUAAUAACCAAUUGCUGUCCAAGAACUCAAAGACUGCCACUGCCACCAUGGACGUGGAAUGGAAGAACUUAGAGAAGCUCCUCACACAGGCGAUGCAUUGUAAUGAAGACAGCUACAAAAGUUUUAUCAAAGUGGCUGUGCUUGCAGAAUACCCUAUCAUCAACUUUUUCCAGAAAGAUAGCAUUGGCUUCUAUGAAGACAUGAUGGAACAGGCUAGAAUGUUUGAUGGUGCCGAAGACAGACACUAUGGACUUAUGCUAUCUGCAUAUGCACAGGCGGUGACCAACAUUGAGGGUGAUAUACAAAAAGGCAUAGAUUAUUAUGAGAAGGCGAGGUUAAUUCUUUCCGUAAAGGGUACUCCUGUAGACAUGGCCUCUCUGUAUCAGCAUCUGGGUUGGAAUUACUACAAGACUGGCGAACUGAAUGAGUCACAACGGUAUCUUCAGAAGGCAUACAAACUCGAAGAGGAGGGGGGUAUGCACACAAACGUUGUUAUGUGCCAAACCUUUUCGACCUUGGGACUUGUCUUGACAGGGAUGGGAAAGUUUGAGGAGGCCAUACGCUAUUUUAUGCACUCCUUUGAGCUACGGGUGUCCAACUUUGGAGAACACCCUUCCCUCGGGAGUAUCUACAACAAUAUGGGAAUGACGUAUCUUGAGCAGGGAGAUGAUGACCGAGCGCUGAAGAAUUUUGAACUUGGUCUGAGAUACAAACGAAAGUUUAUGAAACAACCCAAUUUAGCCGUGGUUGACUCUUUAAGCAAUACAGCAAUGCUUUACGUCAAAAAGGGGAAUACUGAGAGAGCUUUGCCUAUGCUGCAGGAGGCGUUAGCUAUGUGUCAGAAAAUUGGGAAGACGACAGAUAUUGCUCUCAUUUAUGAUGAUUUUGGACUUGUUUGUAUGAAGAAAAAGGAGUUUCCUGAAGCUGAGGAUUAUUAUCAGAAAGCUGUUGACACCCGAAGAGAACAUACACCUAAUCAUUUCACAUUGGUUGAGCACCUGCUUCAUUUAGGACAGGCACAGGCUGAGCAAAUAUACGAGGCAGUGGCUCAGCUAGCUGACCAAGAAAACGUGGCACCAAAUGGACAGACUGUGGUUGCUGAAAAUAACAGCAAUAAAUGUGAACAAGCAUUUAAACAUCAUGAUGGUAAUUUGUCCACGAAUGAACAAAACACAAUGCCCAAGGCGACUGGUAGACUACGCCAAGGGGUUCUACGCUGUGAUCAAUAUCGAGAUCUAUAUGAACAAAGUCGGUCCAACUUGCAAGAAGCUGCUGAAUUAACUCCUCAGGUUCAUGAGCAAUUCCCAAGAUCUAAAAUGCCGUUCACAGUUUACAAGGAACUGGCAAAGCUUUACAGGGUGGCCGGUGAAGCCAAAGCGUCGACGAAAAAUGAAAUGUUGGCAAAUAUGGAAGUGACGCGUUUGAAACGUCUUGGCGUACAAGUUGAUGAAGAUUUUCCGGUGGAGAAAGCAUAA